UUAUUACUCAUCGACUAUUUUACAAAUAAAAAAAAAAAUAACGACAAAUAAAACCAAAAACGUCCUUACAACAACAUUAGGAAAAAAACAGGAAUACAAGGCAGCAACCAAAAACAACGACCAUAACAAGAAAUUAAUACAGAAAACAAAAAUACCAACAAGCAAAUAAACAAAUAAAAGAAUAUACAAGAAUUUUAAACACCAACAUAACAUAACUGAAUACUCGUAGCGUGGAAAAGCACACCGCUGUUUACCCCUAAACACCAACACCCUCACUCAUACUCCCUGAACGCACACCCCAAACCCACUCCCACUCCCCUAAAUACACCCAGGGAUUCUUAAAUUCCUCAUAACAAAACGCCAACUAAUCAGCUUUAAACAAGAAAAAAAUGGGACGCCGCAAGGAUAAACCACGCGUUAUACCCGAGCAAGAUAAACGCAUAUGUCGUGCCAUUUGCCUCUGCCAACUGACCAUGGUGUUAUCCUGCGUUUCCAUAGUGUAUCUAAGUGUGGCCAUUUAUGCGCCUUCAUUUAAAGCUUUCAAAUCCGGUUUUGAAUUGGAUCCGGUCAUGUGCCAAACAAUACAAUCGGAUAUGCCUGACUCACAUUGCCAAUGGGCAUCUUGCGGUGAAUGGUGUUUAACACGUACCAGUGGCUUUUGUCCUCAAAUUCAUUCAAUCGUACGUCGCAAUGGCACCGAUAUCCAGUUGAAUAAUUGUACUCGCAUUACAAAUACCUCUUGUGCAAUGAUCGAUAUGGACCGUCUAAAUAAAUUCAAUUGUAACAAUGGAACAGCCUGCAACAACAUACAUGGAGUAUUCAAUUGUUCAAAUGGCCACUGUAAAAAUAUGUCCGAGUUCUUUUUGUGUCAUCAUAAAGCCGAUGGUCCCACAAUAAAUUCAGCCAAGGAUAAUACCAAACUGAAUGGUUUCUUUGAGUGUCAUGGAGUGCACUGUACGAAAAUCAAGAAACCCUUCAGUUGUGACAGAUAUUGUUCGAAAAUCACCACUGCACAUAUAAAUGUGCUGGUAAUGCAUGAGGAUAAUGUUGUAGCGGCAGAUUGUGAAACCGCAGUGGCCUUUAAUGAGGCGCAAGGCAAUGAGCUGGGGGUUCGUAUAAGUCCGACGGAAUUUUGGAAAGAGGAUGAUGGGAAUUUGUUAACGAAUUGUGCCACUGUCACGAGAGAUGGUGAUAAAAUAAUGGCCACUGACUGUUUAAAUGGUACUUUACUGCCGCACAAUGUUUUACCGGAGCCUUUUAUGAAUUUCACGCAAUUUUGGAAAAUUUAUGAAGACAGCAAAAUCGAAGUGGAUCCCGAUCAGAAAUUCCUACCCAAUCAACAUAAUUUGACUAUUUAUAAGUAUAAAAAGUUAUUCAUCAAUUUGGAGGGCUGUGUCAAUACGUUGAGAGGAGAAUGUCUGGAUUUUCAUGCUCGCCAUGGCAGUGAUGGGGAUAAUAAUACGGCCCAGUCGAGAUAUCAGUGUUAUUACAAUAAGGAUCCCACAGUUGAAUUUGUUACCUCCAGAUAUGAUUUGAAGAAGGUCUACAAUGAACUAUUGUUCUCGUUAAUAGUUCCUAUUGUUUUGUUUGUAAUCUCAUCAAUUUCACUUAUAAUUAUAACCACAUAUGUCAAGGUGGGAGAUGAUGCGAAAAUGCGUUGUAUUUGUGGCGGUGAGGAAUCUGAUGCCGAUGAGAUCUAUUCGGCACGUAAGAGCAAAAGGAAUCGCCAGGUGCAGAAUUUGGAUACCAUGGACAAUUUAAAUCAAUUGACUAAUUUGGAGGACCAUGAUGUUAGUCCAGCCGAUGCCAAUGCCAUGAUUGGCAGUACUAAAUCUCUAUUACCCCUAAGUCCCACCAACGAUUCCGGUACCACCGAUAAUACCUUUGACGAUGAAAAAGCAUCAAAAUGUGACAUGCCGGAAAAGCCUUUAGUGGUAAUUUAAAAACAAACUUAAAAACAAACUAAACAAACUCUUAUUGAAAUUGCAAAACAAAACAAACUAACUUAAACUUUAUUUCUAAAUGUGCAUGUGUAAUUUUAUUCAAAACGACAAAUGAAAAUUUAUACUUAUAUUACUUGUAAUUUAAAUGAAUGUGCAAUCAAAUCACAAUUGUACCUUAAUUUUUUUAUUUCUUUUUCGAUAAGAAAAAUGCAAAAAAACAAAAACUUUUUUAUAUAAUUUUUAUUGAUUUUUUUUUUAAAUAAAAGAGAAAUUUUCUUGAAAUUGCAAACGGGAAUAUAUAGAAAAUGAAAAUUAUUUAAAAGAAAACAAACUGAAUAUAACUGCCUUCAAUGUUAACCACCAACAAACAACAAAAUAUUUAAUAGAGAAAAAUACAACUUUUUAGGAACAAAAUAAUUAUGUGAUUUAAAUAAAAAAAAAAACUAAAAACAAAAAAACGAUUUGAUAUAAAUAUUCAUACAAAAACAAAAAAAAGAAAACACAAACGUACGCGUAAAUAAAUGUUGCAUUAUUAAUUCUACUUUUUUUCAACUCAUAGCUAAACAUUUUCGAACAUUAAUUACAUUCAUUAAACAUAUUUUCGAUAAAUAUUUGUAAAAUUUAAAACGCAUAAAUGCAUACACCCAUUAAUCUAGUUCUCUAUAUACUUUAUACAUACUCGUAAAUCAAAGUUUAUUCAUCAAAAUCUAUCUAUUAUAUUAUCUAUCUACUAUUAUAAAACUAUAUAUUAAAAACUAAAAUAAAUAUUAUAAACUACGUUAUGUAUGUAGUAAACUUAUUUCAAAAGUACCAAUCUUAAAUCAAA